AAAGCUGUCCACCUGCGUUACCGCCGAACAGGCCACCAUAUACUGACAUAUACUGCACAGAUGAGGAAGGAUAUCUUAAACAGCACAGUCUUUGUGGCAAAGCUUGUGGAUCCAUCUAUCGUGCAUCAGGACAUUCAUGAAGAUGAAUUUUACUCUUUGGCGCUCGUGUCCAGAAUCCAUACCCAAUCAACACAAUCAUGAAUCCGUUCUAACUACCAAGAAGCCACUGAAUCAAAGUGGACGUCUAUUCCUGUUACUCACAGCUGACAUUGCCUGCCCUGUAAAUCUUCUUUUGUGAGCCCAUCAUGCCGGUGGUGUUGCGUUCCUCUCCUCUCCUGUGGGCCCGUGUGGCUGCCAUGGUUUUCGCCUGCGUAGCAUUCAGCGUAGCUCUUUAUGGAGCGAAGCUAUCUCACGGCACGGGUGACUGGUGCAUUUUCUGCUGGAGUUUCAGUUUUGUUGGAACUCUUCUGAUAAUCUUAGUGGAAAUGUUUGGCCUUCAGACCCGCGCUCCUGUCUCAUGGAAGAACUUUCCGAUCACGUUCGCUUGCUACGCAUCCCUCCUCUGCCUCUCCGCCUCAAUCAUAUUCCCCCUUUACUUCCUGAAGGGCUACACUUAUCGCGGGGAGAUAAUGAACUGCCGCAUUGUGUCAACCGUAUUUUCUUGCCUCGCCACCAUCGCGUACUUAAGCGAGGUGAGUCUGAGUAAGGCUCGUCCAGGAGAAGUAGCUGGCUACAUGGCCACAGCACCAGGGUUGCUAAAGGUGUGCGAGACCUUCGUCGCCUGCAUAAUAUUUGUCUUCAUCAGCGACCCCAUAUCGUAUGAUCAGAAUGCGGCGACCAAUUGGUGCCUGGCCGUGUACUGCAUCUGCUUCAUCUUGUCAGCAGCCAUUAUUGUGAUGUGUGUAGGAGAGUGCACAGGUUGCUUGCCCUUCUCUUUCGCCCGUUUCCUGUCCACAUACGCCCUCCUGGCUGUGGCCUUGUAUUUGUCUGCCACCAUCAUCUGGCCCAUUUAUAAGUUCGACAAGAAGCACGGAGGCCAGAGCCACAGACCCAGUAACUGUGGCUCCAGCAUAGGCCUGUGCGAUUGGGACAAGGUGCUGUCCAUCUCCGUCCUCAGCGCUCUCAACUUCGUUCUUUAUCUGGCUGAUCUCAUCUACUCAGCCAGGCUGGUGUUUGUUACUGUUUAAGGGGUUUAGCGGGAAUUAAAAGGUACAAGAGAAAGGCAAAACAAUAAAAGACAGAAAAAGGGUAGUGGGUAAGAGAGUAGGGUGUUGAAAUGAUAGGUCAUGAACUAUAUUUACUGUUAGCUACAUUUUCUGUCAUGCCUGUUUAGCAAUCUUUUCUACAGAUGACAAAAAAUUUUGCAUUUGAAAAGUUUUUUUUUUUUUUUUUUUUUUUACAAAUUAAUGAAUUAUACACACACACACACACACACACACACACAUUUAUAGUUUAAAGUUUGCGGUCUGUAAGAUUUUUUGUUUUUGAGAGAAGUCUGAUUAAAAACAGUAAUAUUGUGAAAUAUCAUUGACAUUUUAAAUAACUGUUUUCUAUAUAUUUUAUUGUGGAAACCAUAAUGCUUUUUCAGGAUUUUUUGUUAAAAAGAACAGCAUUUAUUUGAAAUAUAAUUUUUUUUGACAGUGUAGUAGUAUUUACUGUCACUUUUUUAUCAAUGUAACACAUCCUUACAGAAUAAAAGUUAAAAGAAGUAUUUAAAAAAAAUCAGACUUGCCCCAAACUUUUUAGUGGUAGUAUAUAAAAAUAUAGAAUUUGCAUUAUUGAUGAAAUUAUUUUGUCAUUUCAUUGUUAUAUACAUGUUUCACAUAUUACAUUUAGUGUUAUUUUUGCUUCAUUGUGAUUUAUGUUGCUUUGCAUGAAGGAUUCUUUUAUUAGCUACUAUAACUUUGUGAGUAAGUAUUAGUGAAUGUCAAACUUUCAAUCAACACAGUAACACCUUUCAGUUCAUUCAGGAAAUCAGACAUUAGACAAACUGUGUUUGCACUUAAAAUGUGUGAUGUAAUACUUUAUUUGUAUCAGUACAUAACACUGCUGUUUGGUGCAUAUAUGUAAAACCAUGUAUAUGCUGGACUGAAUAGUACAAAAUUACUUCUUAAAAUGUUAACUUCUGUCACAUAAGACAUGUUGACAAUGAAGGGAAAUAUUAAUGUAUAUCUGGACAUAUCAUGAAACAUUUAAGACAUUGAAUAUAUUGAUAUUCUUAUAUACACAUUGUACUGGAUUUACAUUUACGGGAUAUUAUUGCUAUAUGUGUACACAUGGAUUUUCCAAGUAUAUGCAAAUGCUAUAGAUAUUUUUCUUGUCAAAUCUCUACAAAAAAUGUUACUGUGCUUUUGUGCACCAGCAGACAGUAUCAGUUACAUAAACACCUCACAAAAAUGAAAGAAAAUGAAACGUUUGCUCUGCUGUAAGUCUCUGGGACCCGCAUCUGUCUGUUUCAUACUAACACAGUCCUCAAUGCUUGAAUGAGAAUGUUUUCAGUGUGUUAUCAAAGAGCAAGAGAGCAUUUGUGGCACAGUGUCUCUCUCUCUGUAUAAGUCCCUCUGUGCUAAGAGGAGAACAGCACACACCGCAGCGUUGUGUGAAUGUGUAAUCUAGCUCUGAAUAAAACCAUGAAAAUGAA